CACUAGUGCCUGUGGUAGCAGAGCGCACCGGCUGCCGACCCACCUGACCACGUGACAUCGUGACGUCAGGAGGUCCUUACGGAGUAUAGUAUUUUGCCUUUGCCAUUGUAUCCGGGAGCCUAGUUUACCGAAAAAGAAAGUAAAGACAGGGGGCGCUGUGCCUGCAAAAGUACAUGGCACGCGUCUAUGUGCACGGGAGAAGAAGGAAAACAAGGAAAUGGUGGAGGGAGAGCUGCCUAGUGAUUACACGCUAGCCCCGGCGUCCGCCUGGGGGGCAGCGCAUUGAUGGGUUAAACACGGUUUGGCAGAGGAGGAUGGAUUACGAGUUUAAGAGCAAGCUGUCUGCCGAGCGGGAGCGGGUGGAGGACCUCUUUGAAUAUGAAGGUUGCAAAGUGGGUCGUGGUACCUACGGGCAUGUUUACAAAGCCAAGAGGAAAGAUGGAAAAGAUGAAAAAGAAUAUGCACUGAAGCAAAUUGAAGGUACAGGGAUAUCCAUGUCGGCCUGUAGAGAAAUUGCACUGUUACGAGAAUUGAAGCAUCCAAAUGUGAUUGCCUUACAGAAAGUAUUCCUGUCUCACAGUGAUAGAAAAGUAUGGCUGCUGUUUGAUUAUGCAGAACAUGAUCUAUGGCAUAUCAUCAAGUUUCAUCGUGCCUCAAAAGCAAAUAAGAAGCCCAUGCAGCUACCUCGAUCAAUGGUGAAAUCUUUGCUUUACCAGAUUCUGGAUGGAAUUCAUUAUCUACAUGCAAACUGGGUACUUCAUCGAGAUCUGAAACCAGCAAACAUCCUGGUAAUGGGGGAAGGUCCUGAGAGAGGAAGAGUCAAAAUAGCUGACAUGGGCUUUGCUCGAUUAUUCAAUGCUCCUUUGAAACCACUAGCAGACCUAGAUCCAGUUGUGGUUACCUUUUGGUACAGAGCACCCGAGUUGCUGCUUGGUGCAAGACAUUAUACUAAAGCUAUAGAUAUCUGGGCUAUUGGCUGCAUAUUUGCAGAAUUGUUAACAUCUGAACCCAUUUUUCAUUGUCGUCAAGAAGAUAUCAAGACAAGUAACCCAUUCCAUCAUGACCAGCUGGAUCGUAUAUUUAGUGUAAUGGGAUUUCCUGCAGAUAAAGACUGGGAAGAUAUCAGAAAAAUGCCAGAAUAUCCUACUCUACAAAAAGACUUCAGACGAACCACGUAUGCUAACAGUAGCUUAAUAAAAUAUAUGGAAAAGCACAAGGUGAAGCCCGAUAGUAAAGUUUUUCUUCUGCUUCAAAAGCUUCUUACAAUGGACCCAACGAAAAGGAUCACAUCAGAGCAAGCUUUACAGGAUCUCUAUUUCCAGGAGGAUCCUCUGCCUACAUUAGAUGUAUUUGCAGGGUGUCAAAUCCCAUAUCCUAAGCGUGAAUUUUUAAAUGAAGAUGAACCAGAGGAAAAAGCUGACAAGAAUCAACAGGCACAAAAUCAGCACCAGCAGCAAGCAGCAAACCAACAUCAGACAGCAGCUCAGCAACAACAGGUUCAGCAGCAGAAUAGCAGUCAGACCAAUGGUACAGGAGGAGCAGGAGCUACUACAGCAGCAGCACUCCAACACAGCCAAGACCCAGGACCUCCAAACAAGAAACCACGGAUAGGGCCUUCAGCUGCUAAUUCUGGGGGCCCCUCUCUAAUGCCUUCUGAUUAUCAGGUGAACGUUUAUGCAAGUAAAGCUGCUGUUCAACGUUAUACAAUGUCUGGACUCAAUCAUUUCUUCAAAUCCCUCAACUAUUUCCCCUAUUUGCUCUGCUUCGGAUGAAAACUCCUGGGGGCUGGCUUAUCCAGGUAGGAGCACCGUGACAUGUGCAACACCGUUAAGGGACAUUUAGGCCACUUUGGCAUAACCUACACUGGGUACCUCCAUAUCACUAAAAGGGGCCCUGUGCCCUUGUUGCUUCAAUGCAACUGGCGUCACGACAAAAACACUAAGAAAAGACCCCUUGCCAUCUGUCGGAUGCUGCACAGGCCCGUCUCAUUUACCAUUUUCUACGUCUGUUUUAGGUGUAGAAAAUGGUCUAAAUGUAAGACAGCUAGGAAGCUGUCUUAUAUUUCGAAGCAGCGGUGGAUGAGCUGAAGUUAUGUAGGGAUUGGCGCCUGUACAUAACUCCUGUGGAUCCACCCGCCAGCUAUAGGGGAUAUUAAGCGCUGGUCUUAAUAAAUAACCCCCUAUAUUACUAUAUGAAAAUGUGCAACUAUUUACAAUGCAGUACAUGUGGAUGGUUUCUUUCAAACCACGUAGUGGAAAAAGAAAUCCUAAUGGAAUUCAGUGCAUGCUGACAUUUUUAAAUAUGCUUCAUCCUCAUUCUCUGGCAGAUUGUCAUUGGGGAUUGCACCCUUUGCAGAUCCACAGCAAAAUCUGUAUAUAGCACAGAUUCACUGAAAAUGUCCACCAUGUCUGGCUUUGGCCUCAGUGUCAUUUACAUUUACAAAAGGUAUUGUUGCCUGUUGGUUUGAAAAGUCAUCACAUGUUAAGACACCUUAGAGAGAAACUGUCACCUCUCCUGACAUGUCUGCUUUACUUGCUUUCCCCAUGUAAUAAUGAUUUUGGAGCAUUUUGUUAUGUUGUGUCAUUCCUCUAUUAUUCCUACUAGUUGUUUAUGAAUGAACUGCCAGCAGUCUUCAAUAAAGGUCUAUCUGAGUGUGACCAGUAAAUAAGGAUUGUUAUUAUGUUGGGAAAUGCAAGCAGUUACUAAACCAGACAUUUCAGCUGAUAACCUCAGGAUGUAAAGUAAAGAAUCCUUGUAAGUCACUGAGAUAUUCUACAACCUCAUAGUUCAAGCCACAUAGUUGGAUACUGAUUGUGCCCAUGGCCUUUAAAAGGAAUGCAUGUGGGUGAAGGUUAUUCAGGAUGUUUGGAAAAUAUUGUUAUCAACCUUAUUGUAGGGCUUAUGCAGACAAAUGUCUGCGUGUAUGCUCAUGUAUGUCAUUUUGAAAAAUAAGAGUGCUACUGUCCAUUGUCAAGUGUUAAAGGGUCAUAGAAAUAAAUAAAAAAAUAUAAAAACAUCCUGCAUGAUAUUAUAAUUAAGUACUCAGGGGUGCAUUGCCACAUUUAUGGAAAAAAACAAAAACAUAAUAGCACUCACUUAACACUAAAUACAAAGGGGUGGAUCUGUAGUAUACACUUGUAUAGGAACGAGCAGUCACAUUGAAGUGAAUGGGACAACUUCUUGUAAUUACACCUGCUCACCCUUGCAAUGUUGACAGCAAGCAGGUAAACAAUGAAGGGAAGGCUGCACUGGUACAGCGCGCAGCUUUCUUUUCAACCAGCUGAUUGGUGCUGCACAUACGGAGUGUAAAUGACCAAUAACAUAAUAUAGGAAUUAGAGUAGGUCCCUGCCUGGACUGAGGUCACCUUGCUGGAGUAGGUGGGCUCAGAUGUGUUCUGAUCAAAAUAUAUCUGCUAACCUCAGUUAUUUAUCAUACCAAAAUGAGUUAUUAGUCUAUACAUAACCUAUGUAUUUAGUGGUAUGUGAGGGAUAUGUUCUGAUUGUUAAAAGGUCCUAUGAAUAGAUUUUGUUGAAAUGUGAUAUUAUUGUAUGGGGAUUGUACUUAUGCAGCAAUAGAUCAUGUUCUGACCAGAUUAUAAUAUCUCUUUCAGGGUGGUUGUUCACCCUUUGGUUUGACCAAUGGUGUGUGCAGUACAGGUCCAGUGGAUACAGGUGUAGAUCCAACUGCCGCAAUGCACCGUGUACAGGCACCCAUAGUGUGGUGCUUGACAAUUUAUAUGUUGUAUGUUCAUUUCAUUUGAUGCUAGUUUAAAAUGCAAUAGCAAGUAAUCACACAUUUGUACACAAUUGGGGGAGAUUUAUCAAAACUA